AUGGUGGGGCAGCAGCAGGCCAAGCAGGAUGGGGCCCCCCCGGCCAUCAACAGGGUCCACUCCGCCCCGCGCCUGUCCCAAGGGGAGGACGCCCUGCCCAAGAUCGUGGUCGGCAUCUGCGCCAUGGACAAGAAGGCCAGGUCCAAGCAGAUGGCCAACAUAAUGAAGCGCCUGUCCCGCUACGGCGAGUUUGAGGUCGUGGUCUUCGGGGACGACACCAUCCUGAACGCGCCGGUGGAGGACUGGCCCGUGGUGGGGUGCCUCCUGGCGUGGCACUCAAAGGGCUUCCCCCUCAAGAAGGCCCAGCAGUAUGUGGUCCUGCGCCGGCCCUACCUCGUGAACGACGUGUUUGCCCAGGACCUGCUGCUCGACCGCCGACUGGUCUAUCGCAAGCUGGUGGGGUUUGUGGAGACGGAAGACUAUGUGGAACUGAAGGGGGAGCGCAUCUGCAAGCCAUUCGUGGAGAAGCCCGCCAGCGGGGAUGAUCACAACAUCUACAUCUACUACCCCUUCUCCAUGGGGGGUGGUGUGAAGAGGCUCUUCCGCAAGGUGAACAACCGUAGCGCAGACUACGACGCGACCCACCCGGGCACCGUCAGGCGGGAUGCGUCCUACAUCUACGAGGACUUCCUGACCACCGGUGGGACGGACGUCAAGGUGUACACCAUCGGCCCACGCUACGCGCAUGCGGAGGCCCGUAAGUCCCCGGUGGUGGACGGCAAGGUGCAGCGUGCCGCGGACGGCAAGGAGCUGCGCUUCCCCGUGCUUCUCAGCCCCCAGGUGCGAACGGCUGGGCGGGGCGGCUGUGGGCGAGGUCAUCGCCGAAGUCUCUGGGGGUCAUGGGAUGGUGAGACCAGCGGAGUGCAGGAGCCUGCUGGCAGGCGAGGGGCCCGGCCAUCCCUGCCGCGCACCCCCGGCGCCCCCGGCACCCCUCCAGACCCAGCCAAACACUCUCCCACCACCCCCACGCCCCAUCCAUCUCGCAGGAGAAGGAGACGGCCAGAAUGGUGUCCCUGGCCUUCGGCCAGCGCAUCUGCGGCUUUGACCUCCUGCGUUCCGAGCGCGGCAAGUCGUACGUCUGCGACGUGA